GGUUGUAGGCCCAGAACUGGAAGUGCAAACCUUGAGAUUAAAAGCAGUUUCAGGGCUUAUCCGACGAGUGUUCAGUAUAUGUCCAUGUUGUUGAAGCAUACUGCAUCGGGGGCUGUCCAGCUGUGAGGAACGUGCCAGGUUCUCCGUUUGUGCUGAAUGACGGGAUCUUGACAGGCUAGGUCACCUGUUCUGCCUCGGCUGGUUCCCAGUGGCAUCACAACAGCUGUGUUGUGUACACAUGAUAAGACUUCUUCCCCGCAGUGCAUGACGGAGGCAAGAAAAGUGAAAAUGUACACCAGCGGGUUUAAAGCCAGAGACAGUAUUCAUGAGGAAAAGUAGCAGCUGGUUAAGCGGGAUGGUAAAGUUCAGAAAUUACUGUUGACCAACGUCAGUAGAUGUGAGAUCAGGAAAUAUCUCCUUGUGUGAAAAUGUUUGAUUGGAUUUGAUUGAAAGUCCACUCUUGAUUUUUUUUUUGACCAUACACAGCGAACGAGCAAAACUCCACUUUAUGGAAUAACAGCGUUUCUCUCAGUGGAGGACCACUGAGCACCUGCAGAAGGUUAAAAGUAAAUAGUAUUGGUAGGCUAAUGCUAGCACUUUGCUUUUAUAUAAACAGGUUAUACGUGAAAUUAAUUGCAGCUUCUUCUUCUUAUUAUUUUUCUUUAACCUAAACCUGUGAGCUGAGUUUGUGAGCCCUGUAUUCAGAGAUGCAGGAGAUGCCUAAAGCCUCUGUCAGCCUGUGUGCGGUGUUAUUACCGCCGUGGUUCGUAGCAUCUGCUGACAUUAAGGCUGCCUCCUCCCAGUCCCGCUGAAACACGGCGGCGGGACCACCGACACGAGCCCCGCGGGCUUCCGUUGCUUCAGUAGGUACUUCGGGAGUACAGAAAAAGGGGGCAGGGGAAGCAGACACACCGCGACGGUUCUCAGGUUCAUAUGAAGAUGCAUCGAACGACGAGGAUCAAGAUCACGGAGUUAAACCCGCACCUGAUAUGCGUGCUGUGCGGAGGAUACUUCAUCGACGCCACCACCAUUGUAGAGUGUCUGCAUUCGUUCUGUAAAAUGUGCAUAGUGCGGUACCUGGAGACCAGCAAAUACUGUCCAAUCUGUGACGUUCAAGUUCACAAAACAAAGCCGUUGCUGAAUAUCAGGUCAGAUAAAACUCUUCAAGACAUUGUGUACAAGCUGGUGCCUGGGCUAUUCAAAAAUGAAAUGAAAAGGAGAAGGGAUUUUUAUGCAGAGCAUCCAUCAGGUGACGCUGCUAAUGGAUCGAAUGAGGAUCGAGGCGAGGUGGCUGACGAGGAGAAGAGAAUUAUUGCUGAUGAUGAGAUCAUCAGUCUUUCCAUUGAGUUUUUUGAUCAGAGCAGAUUUGAAAGUGGAAAUGGAGAAGACAAAGGAACCACAAAAGAGGCAAAUGUUAAACGAUAUUUACAGUGCCCUGCUGCUAUGACAGUGAUGCAUCUCAGAAAAUUCCUCAGAAGUAAAAUGGAUAUCCCAUGUACCUUUCAAGUUGAGGUCAUGUAUGAAGAUGAGCCUCUGAAGGAUUACUACACGUUAAUGGAUAUUGCCUAUAUCUACACCUGGAGAAGGAACGGGCCCCUGCCACUGAAGUACAGAGUUCGUCCCGGCUGCAAGAAGAUGAAGCUGAACAGCCCGAGGGCCGGCGCCACCGGAGGCACAAAGCCUGAGACGGAGAGCGACUCCGGCAGCGACAAGCCCAGCAGUCCCUCCGUUUCUGUCCCAGCCCCUGCCCCCUCCACAUCCUCCUCCUCGUCCAGCCCAGCCGCUCCGGUCAAGACCCCACACGCGACCUUCCCCCACAUCUCCACAGUCAACGGAGUCUCCACCAAAGCCAGCCCUAAUGGCCAAGCACCCUUCAGCAGCAAACCCAGCAAAGGCUCCCUAAAUGGCUCCAGCUCUCUGGGGUGA